AUGAAAAGGCCAAAAUCACACUCUGACAUAUGUUUUGACAGAUUGUUGUUGUUGUUGGGGUGCAAGGCUCCUGUUGGAUUAGAAGACGGAAGUGGAAGAGCAUUGAACAAGGGAAAGAUCUACAUAUCAAAGAGCAGUCCUGAGUGCGUGCUGGAUGCUUAUUCUCAGCAAUUCAACAACGAUUUUUCAUCGUUUAUUGCUUGUCGUUCGCAUGAAAUGGUAACUGGGGGACGUAUGGUCUUGUCUUUCAUGGGAAGAACAACCAUCGAUCCAACUUCCGACCACAGUUGCUAUCAGUGGGAACUCUUAGCACGCUCCCUUAUGAGCAUGGUUUCUCAGGGUCUGUUGGAAGAGGAAAAGGUGGAUUGUUUUGAUGCCCCGUACUACGCGCCAUGCAUGGAAGAAGUGAAAAAGGUGAUUGAAAAGGAAGGGUCAUUCAUGGUGGAAGAGCACGAUGCUUGUGAAAUAGAGUGGGAUGGAGGAAUGGAAUUGCAGAGUGAUUCCAGAGGAGAAAGAGUUUCAAGAACCCUAAGGGCUGUGCUUGAGCCCAUGUUGGAAUCUCAUUUCGGACCUCACAUUAUGGAUGAGCUUUUUCGAAGGUUUGGACAACAUGUGGAGGAACAUUUGUCCAACAAUGACACCAAGUACAUCAAUCUGGUCGUUUCCCUUGUCAAGCUAUAACAAGGUUCAAAAACUUGGAACACAUCAAAUAUUGUGAG